AUGGCGGACAGAACCAUGGAGGCCUCUCUGAACAAGUUGGCGGACACGACGUCAGACUUGAAGGUCAAGACCGGCGUCGCGACAGAGAUCCGGGAUGGCAUCGAGCUCUACUGCUCUGGCUCGACGUAUGGCGUCUUCCUGGAGAAGUUUAUCCCGGUCUUCCUCAAGCUCCUAGAGGGGCCACCCGUCUUCGUGAGCACAUCGCCGGAGCAGCGCCUACGCAACUGCAUAUUAGAGAUCUUGCACAGGUUACCAAUGAGCCCUACCGAAGCGCUAGAACCCUACGCCCCUCAAAUCGUUGAUCGACUCAUGGUAUUGGCGAAGAUCGAAAACGAGGACAAUGCGGCGUUGUGUAUGAAGACGAUCAUGGACUUCGAGAGACACCAGACCAAGGCGCUGCAGGACCGGGUACAGCCAUUCUUGGACCUCAUUGCUGAGAUGUUUGAGAAUAUGGAUGCUGCUGUCCGGGACACGUUCGAUAGCCCUUCUGGAAAUCCUGCGUCGCAAGCGAUCCCGUCUACGCCCAGUAAUUCGCAAUUCUCGCAAUCACCGCGCCCGGGCUCCCCUGGCUCCGGCGGGUCGUCAGGUGGUCCAGACUUGGGAGGGGAACAGCAGCAGACGAGACAUCUGCUGAAGGGCAUGCAGUCAUUCAAGGUGCUGGCGGAAUGCCCCAUCAUUGUGGUGUCGCUCUUCCAGGCGUACAGGAAUUGCGUCCACAAGAAUGUGAAGCGGUUCGUGCCACUGAUCAAGAACGUCCUGCUUCUUCAGGCACCGCCGCAAGAAAGGGCGCACACUGAGGCGAAGGCGAGAGGAGACAUUUUCACGGGCGUGAGCAAGGAGAUCAAGAAUCGGGCUGCGUUUGGAGAGUUCAUCACUGCCCAGGUCAAGACGAUGAGCUUUUUGGCAUAUCUACUACGUGUGUAUGCACAGCAGCUUACGGAUUUUCUUCCUACGUUACCGGACAUCGUGGUCCGCUUAUUACAGGACUGUCCGAGGGAGAAGUCUGGUGCCAGGAAAGAACUUCUUGUCGCCAUCCGCCACAUCAUCAACUUCAACUUCCGGAAAAUCUUCCUGAAAAAGAUCGAUGAGCUGCUUGACGAGAGGACCUUGAUCGGCGAUGGUCUGACAGUGUACGAGACGAUGCGGCCAUUGGCGUAUAGCAUGCUCGCAGAUCUCAUCCACCAUCUGAGGGAAUCGUUAUCACAGGAGCAGAUCAGGCGGACGAUCGAGGUCUACACUAAGAACCUGCACGACAGCUUUCCCGGCACCAGUUUCCAAACUAUGAGCGCGAAGCUGUUGUUGAACAUGGCCGAGUGCAUUGCUAAGUUGGAGCCUAAGCACGAAGCCCGUUACUACUUGGUGAUGAUUCUCAACGCCAUCGGUGACAAGUUUGCCGCGAUGAACCGCCAGUUCGACAACGCAGUAAAGAUUUCUAAUCAGUUCUCUAGUCCGACCAUAGAAGCCACCCCGGAAAACUACCUGGCUGAGAAGGACAGUCCGCCGGAUUGGGACGAGAUCGACAUUUUCAACGCAACUCCGAUAAAGACGUCGAAUCCUCGCGAGCGGGCUUCCGAUCCAAUUGCGGACAACAAGUUCUUGUUUAAGAACCUGUUGCAUGGGUUGAAGAACCUUUUCUAUCAGCUUAGGGUCUGCAACCCGCCCAAGAUAAAGGAUGAGAUCGAUCCGAGCGUGUCGACACCAGCAAAUUGGAAUGAGGUGUCAUUUGGCUACAACGCCGAGGAGGUCGAAGUCCUCAUCAAAUUGUUCCGUGAAGGCGCCCAAGUUUUCCGUUAUUACGGUGUGGAAAAAACCCCUGGCGAGAAGGAGAGCCUAUCACCCGGCGAACUCCUUGCUAACCAGCACAUGAUGUCGAGCGGGAAGGAGGAGAAGGAGCUCCUGGAAGCUUUCGCCACCGUUUUCCAUCACAUCGACCCGGCCACGUUCCACGAAGUGUUUGAAUCAGAGAUACCCCACCUUUACGAGAUGAUGUUCGAACAUAAUGCUCUACUACACGUCCCUCAGUUCCUUCUGGCCAGCGAGGCCACUUCUCCGAGUUUCGCUGGCAUGCUCCUUCAGUUCUUGAUGGGCAAGAUUGACGAAGUUGGUACAGCCGACGUCAAGAAGUCGUCGAUCCUACUCCGCCUCUUUAAGCUCUCCUUCAUGGCCGUCACCCUUUUCUCGCAACAGAAUGAACAGGUUCUGCUCCCGCACGUUACCAAAAUUGUCACCAGGUCAAUAGAGCUGUCGACCACGGCAGAAGAACCGAUGAAUUACUUCCUUCUCCUCCGAUCGCUGUUCAGGAGUAUCGGCGGUGGUCGGUUCGAGCAUCUUUACAAAGAGAUACUUCCCCUUUUGGAGAUGCUCUUAGAAGUGCUCAACAACCUGCUCAUCGCUGCGCGGAAGCCUUCCGAGCGGGACCUGUUCGUGGAGUUGUCCCUGACCGUGCCUGCUCGUCUAAGUAACCUGCUCCCACAUUUGAGCUACCUCAUGCGGCCCUUGGUGGUCGCUCUGAGAGCAGGCUCGGAUUUGGUAGGCCAAGGUCUCCGUACACUGGAGCUUUGCGUUGAUAACCUGACUGCGGACUACCUGGACCCCAUCAUGGCGCCCGUCAUCGACGAGCUUAUGCAGGGUCUUUGGGAACAUCUCAAGCCAACUCCAUACAGCCACUUCCAUGCACACACCACUAUGCGGAUUCUAGGUAAGCUUGGUGGACGGAACAGGAAAUUCAUCAAUGGACCUCCGCCACUCGAAUACAAGCCCUACGCCGACGACGAACCAAGCAUCGACAUCCGUCUCAUCGGGUCUCUGAAGGACCGCGCCUUUCCAACGUCUGUUGGCAUCGAAAAUGCUAUUGGAAAGCUAUGGGAGACCCCCAAAACUCCGGCUGCGAAAAAGUCAGAUUAUUUCCAUAAGCAGCAGGCUUUCAAGUUCAUCACCUCGCAAGUCAAACUGCUUUUGGGUGCGGACAGCCUGCCCGAAGAUUUUGCCCAACUUGUCCGCCUGCAGGCUGAUGACCUGAGCAAUGGUACUCACGACCGUGGUUCUGAUAUUCUAGAGGCGUCCGAGAGGGACAAGUCGAACACGAAGAAGGAUGCGCAACAAGAUACUUUACGGAAACUGCUCAAGGCGGUGAUGUACUGCAACUCAAUUCCUGAGCUUAAAGGGGAGGCUACGACAUUCAUGGCUCACGUAUGUCGACACUUCGCCCUUCUGGAAGUUGGAACUGCUCUCGCGACUAUCAAGCAUCGCAAGAAGCCCUUCGACGUCAAUGCUGGUGAAGGGCCGGUAGUAAUCGAGAGUCGAGUGAUUCUGGAGGCAAUCUCAGAUUCGCUGGCAGCAGAUCACGUCGAAGUGAAGGAGGCGGCUGAAGAAGCGCUCAAGACGCUGCACCAGGCGACAGUCACCAUUUUCGGCGACCCGAACAAGGCGGAGAAACUCACGCUUUUCAAGCACUUGGCUGACAUCUUCUGUCACAAUUGCCACCAAGAGGACUGGUUCGUGAAGCAUGGCGGCACUCUCGGCAUCGACAUUCUUACGACAAAGCUCGGUCUCACCGACGCGUGGAUCAAUGAGGGUGGACGACUCAACCAUUUCUCCCGAGCCUUGGUGUACGUCAUGCAAGACAUGCCUCUCGACCUGACGAGCUCGACGCGCCUCAAUGCCCAAACUACGCUCGAGAAACUGCUGCGCCGGUGCAGCGGCUUGUGGUCGAAGGAUGAUCUCAAAUCACCCGCUAACUCGGACAACAAGCUCCUCAGCUUGUGUGGCUUCCUCGUGACUAUGCUCUCGCAUUCCAACAAACAUGUGCGGAAAGCGGCCCAGGACAACCUGAAGAUCAUCGCAGAGUCGACUCACGCCGAAGUCCAUGAGCUCGUCCUUCCCGUCAGCAAGCGGCUUCUGGAUCCAAUUUUCAACAAGCCACUACGCGCAUUGCCCUUCAGCAUUCAGAUUGGUUACAUCGACGCGGUGACCUUCUGCUUGAAGUUGGGCCAUGGCGUUUUGACGUUCAAUGAGCUGUUGACGCGCCUUCUCACGGAGGCUCUUGCGCUCGCCGAUGCCGAAGACGAAGGUCUCACGGCAAAGCCGUACGAGCAGAGGAAUGCAGAGGCUAUUGUCAACCUGCGUGUCGCUUGCAUCCGAUUGCUUUCCACGGCGCAGACCUUCCCUGAAUUCUCAUCCAAUCCGCCAAACCAGACCUUCCUCCGCGUUAUCGCCGUCUUCUUCAAGGCGUUGUACUCCAAGUCCCCACAGGUUGUCGAUGCCGCGAACGCAGGCCUUCAAGGGGUUCUUCAUACCACCAACAAGCUACCGAAAGACGUUUUGCAGAGCGGUCUGCGACCCAUUCUGGUCAACCUUCAGGAUCCCAAGAAGCUCACGGUCGAGGGUCUCGACGGACUUGCUAGACUUCUCAAAUUGCUCACCAAUUAUUUCAAGGUCGAGAUCGGCUCUCGUCUCUUAGACCACAUGAAGGUGAUCGCGGAUCAACGCGUCCUCCAAGCCGUGUCUUUUGGUUUGAUUGAGCAACAUAAGGCGAUGAAGACGGUUACCGCAAUCCUCAACGUCUUCCACUUGCUUCCGGCAGCCGCCGUCAACUUCCUGGGCCAACUUGUUCAGAAGGUCAUGGAGCUCGAGGGCUCCCUGCGCAGGACGCACUACAGCCCGUUCCGCAAGCCGCUGAUCAAGUAUGUGAACCAUUAUCCGAAGGAGGCUUGGACCGAUUUUGCACCUCGCAUUAGAGAUCAUGCUAGCGGUCGCUUCUUCGCUCAGAUCAUGGCAGACCCCGCAAGUGGCCCUCUGCGAGAGGUCCUCGUCAACGACACUGAGGGGUUCAUCAACGCCUUCGUGAUUGACGACGACCAAAAGAAGUGGCCUGCAGCCAUCAACGCAAUUCACGUGGUGGAAUCGGUGUGCAAGUAUCCCGAGACCAGCACUUGGCUCGUCAACCAGCCAAACCUGCGCAAGGCGCUCAUCGAGGCUGGAAAAUCACUGGAGACUCGCCUUAGGCAGAACACGAUCGAGGCUAGCCUGCGUCUUGCAGUUGAUCAGGCUGGUGAGAGGCUCAUUGGUGUCUUUACCAACUAUCUCACCCAUGAGCCCGACAACCUCGACUUCUUUGUUGAGAUUAUUGACGCGGUCACGGCCGAGGAGCUCAAAGCUUCGCCGUCGCUGUUCCACUUCAUCUACACGACAAUGAUCUCAAACGAGUCGGUUGACUACUGGCGGUCUCUGAUCAUCCGCUGCAUCGAUCUCUACACCGGUCGCAACACCUCGCAGAAGACAAAGACGUUCGUCUUCCACAACGUCGUCAACCCAGUCUUCGCUAUGGAUGUGAUGCGGAACUGGGACAGCCUGUUUGGUGCAGCGAAGGGAACCCAGCUGAUGGACCGGAGCAUGACGGAAACAAUCCACAACCGCCUUUGGCGCGUGUACUCGAUGGAGCAGGUGGAAGAGACGGGCCAGCUUGGCGUGGACCACUCGAGGAUGGAGCUGUUGCAGAUGACUACGCUGCUUGUCAAGUAUCAUCACGGCCUUAUCCAGGACACUCGCAAGGACGUCAUCAAGUUCGGAUGGAACUACAUUCGUCUCGAGGAUAUCAUCAACAAGCACGCUGCCUACGUGCUAAUCGCGUAUUUCAUCGCCCAUUACGAAACACCGCCGAAGAUUGCUGUCCAGAUCUACUCUCAGCUACUCAGAGCCCAUCAAAACGAAGGCCGCCCGCUGGUCAUGCAAGCUCUUGAGGUUCUUGCACCUGUCUUGAAGAAGCGCAUCGGUGGCGGAGAGAACAAACAACCGCCAAUGUGGGCUAGGAUCCCGAAAAAGAUUCUGACCGAGGAGAGCUCGAACCUGCAGCAACUGAUCAGCAUCUUCAAUUUCCUUGUGCGCUACCCAGACCUAUUCUACGAGGCAAGGGAGCCGCUGUCGACAAUCAUUAUUCCCUCGCUUCCGAAGAUCGCCCAACCUCCCAGUUUGGGUAACGACCACAAGAAGAUUGCUCUGAAUCUCAUCAAUCUGCUGCGUCGAUGGGAAAGGAGAAGCUCAACUGAGUCGGGCUUUAAUUUCGACCAGCUCAGCAUCGGGACUAGAUCGCCAAAGAGACGCCACGAUGGCUCAAUGGUUGCCCCCGAUCCAUCGUCAAAGCAAUUCGUUGCGCCGCCGGCCUUGCGUCAAGCUCUGAUCAAGUACCUGGCUACGUUCAUAAUGUUGAUCCCAGAGCGCUAUCCCGUCCCUUCUACCAAGAUCCGUGAGAGUACGGCGGCACACAAUGCUCCACCUGCACAGUCUACGGAUGCUUGUGAGAUGGCCGUGGAGCUAUUGCAAGACCUGUUGUCUGCUUACUGGAACGAUUUGGACAUUGACAGCAUCCUUGCGAGGGUGGAGAACGUCAUCAUGACAGAACCAAAGCAGGAAGAAAAGCCUGAAGUUGCGACUACAAGGCUGAUCAAUGCGCUUCAAGUGCUCAAGGUCUUUGUCAACGUCAGGUCGGGCGACUGGAUUUUGGCGCACCUGCCACAGCUCCAGAAAGUGCUCGAGAAGCCUAUCCGUAACGAGAGCGCGGAGAUCCAGGACUGCCUUCACGCACUUAGCGAUGAAGACAGCCGGGUCAAGCUUAAGCCACUCAUGAAGCGUAUUCUUGAAGUCUUGCCUGAGCCUAGCACUGACGAAGAUGGCGCUACAACCGAAGAGACGCCCUCUACUGAAUUUGUGGCUUUCUGCAACCAAGUGGCCACGGAGACUCUAGGGAACAACAACAACAUUGCCGCUGUCAGCCUGCUUUGGACUCUCUGCCAGCAUCGGCCAGAGGACGUUGAUCCGCAGCAUAUUGUCCAGGUUGUGAAGGUUCUGAACACUAUGAGCAGGGAGCACUUGACGGCGGCCAGUCAAAACCAGGGUCCGAUGCACGGAAUGCGCUCUGAUGGCCAGAACCCAGCCCCGAUGGGGUCGUAUGAGCACGAAAUCCAAGUGGGCCUCAUCCUCAAGGCCAUCGACUUUUUGGCCGCCCGCAUGAGCCAGCUUGGAGACCAGAGACGCCCUUUUCUGACCUUCCUGGCAUCACUCGUUGAGCGUUCGCCGAGCACGGCUAUCUGCCAGAAGAUUGUAGAUCUCACCGACGGCUGGAUUUUUGACAGCAGUGAGCCUGUACCGACGUUGAAGGAGAAGACAGCCGUUCUGUCAAAGAUGCAGGCGUUCGAGUCGCGAACGGACAAGACACUCCUGACCAAGUUCCUUACCCUGGUGAUCCGCAUCUACGAGGACCCCAAGAUCACCAGAUCGGAGCUUACUGUGCGCAUGGAGCAUGCAUUCCUGAUUGGCACGAGGGCGGAGGACGUAGAAAUGCGUAACCGCUUCAUGACCAUUUUCGACCGCAGUCUUAGCAGAACGGCUAGCGCUCGUCUGAACUAUGUCAUUGCGGGUCAGAAUUGGGACAUCCUCGGUCGUUCUUUCUGGCUCAAUCAAGUCGUUCACCUUAUGUUUGGUUCGGUAGAGAUGAACAACAUGGCACAGCUCCACCCCGAGGACUUCAAGGUCAUGUCGGCUUCGACUCUCUUCGGUACCUACUCGAAAGAUCCACGCCUUGGCGAUGUCAUGGUGGAUGAUCAGCUGGAGAUAUACAUCUCAAACCAUCGCCAGUUUGUCAAUUCUUUCGGCGACGUCAAGAUUCGGGACCUCUUCGACCCACUCACUCAUCUUCAACACGUCGACUCCAAUCUUACACACGAUAUCUGGGUCCAUUUCUUCCCUCUCUGCUGGUCGGCGCUGGCCAAGGAUGACCAGGUCGAUCUUGAGAAGGGUCUCGUUGCUCUCCUCACAAAGGAUUACCACAUGCAAUCCAUUGACGAGCGGCCGAACUGUGUGCAGACGGUCCUCGAGGGUGUGGUCAAGGCAAGGCCCAGAGUCAAGUUCCCGCCGCAUGUCAUGAAAUACCUUGCGCAGACCUACAAUGCCUGGUACACGGCACUGUGCUACCUCGAAGACUACGCUAUUGACCCUAUCAUUGAUACUGCACAGGUUCGGGAGAGUAACUUGGACGCUCUGCUGGAAAUUUACGCGCAGCUCGAGGAACACGACCUGUUCUACGGCACUUGGAGGAGACGCUGCCAGUAUGUCGAGACGAACGCCGCUCUGUCCUACGAGCAGAACGGCAUGUGGGACAAUGCCCAGAAGUUGUACGAGACUGCUCAAAUCAAGGCUCGUACCGGUGCUUUGCCGUUUUCACAGGGCGAGUACAUGCUUUGGGAAGACCACUGGGUUGUUUGCGCGCAGAAACUGCAGCAAUGGGAGAUCCUGAGCGACUUUGCAAAGCAUGAGAACUUCUCGGAUCUCUAUCUUGAAUCCAUGUGGCGGAUUUUCGAUGCAUGGCAGAACAACGAGCAACGCGAGCAGCUCGAAUCAAGCAUCAAGGCCGUGUCGGAUGCGCCCACGCCUCGACGAAUCUUCUUCCAGGCAUUCUUGUCCCUUCUCAAGCUGCACAGUACCCAAGAAACCAACCAAGACUUCAACAAAGUCGUUGACGACGCGAUUCAGCUAUCCAUCCGGAAGUGGCACCAGCUGCCCAAGAGAACGACGAACGCGCACAUUCCGCUGCUUCAGAACUUCCAGCAGUUGGUCGAGCUUCACGAUGCGAGCGUCAUCUGCUCCAGCUUGGCUGCUACGAAUCAGCAGAACUUGGACCACAAGUCGCAGGAGCUCAAGCUUCUGCUCAGCACGUGGCGCGACCGUCUGCCCAAUUUCUGGGACGACAUCAACGCCUGGCAGGACCUCGUCACUUGGCGGCAGCACAUAUUCCACCUCAUCAAUGGCAAGUAUCUGCAGCUGUUGCCCCAGCAGCAAGGUAACGCCAGCGGCAACUCAUACGCUUACCGUGGCUACCACGAGACGGCUUGGAUCAUCAACAGGUUCGCACACGUGGCUCGCAAGCACAGUCUUCCCGACGUCUGCAUCAACCAGCUCAGCCGGAUCUACACGCUACCCAACAUUGAAAUCCAGGAAGCCUUCCUCAAGCUCCGUGAGCAGGCCAAAUGUCACUACCAGAAUAAGCAGGAGCUCAACAGUGGUCUGGAUGUCAUCAACAAUACCAACCUCAACUACUUCGGCGCGCAGCAGAAGGCGGAAUUCUACACACUCAAGGGCAUGUUCCUCGCCAAGCUUGGCCAGACGAACGAAGCCAAUGAUGCAUUCGGCAGCGCACUGUACUUCGACAUCAAGUUGCCCAAGGCAUGGAAGGAGUGGGGUCGUUACAACGACAACCUGUUCAAGCAGACCCCGCAAAUCCUGGACAAGGCUUCGGCGGCUAUCAGUUGCUAUCUCGAGGCUGCAAGCCAGUACAAAAACCACAAGUCACGCGAGUUGCUCGGCCGCAUCCUGUGGCUGCUCAGCUUGGACGGCCCAGAGCGUUCGUUGGCGAAGACGUUUGAAAAUUUCAAGGGCGAUACGCCUUCCUGGUACUGGAUCACGUACAUCCCGCAGCUGUUUGUCGGUCUUUCGCGGCCCGAGGCCCCGAUCUGCAGACAGGUGCUUGGGAAGUUGGCAAAGACUUACCCGCAAGCGCUGUUCUUCCAGCUACGCACUAGCAGGGAGGACUUCCAUCAGAUUCGCAAGCAACAGGAGGCGAAGGAAGCGAGAGAGAAGGCAAUAUUGGACAAGAAGAAGCAGGCACAGCAGGCAGCUGGUGGUGCGCAGAGCCAGAACCAAGGCUCGGGCCAGAGCUCGGAGAAUAAGCAGGGCUCUCCAUCGAGGCCGGACACGUCCGGCGGCAAUGAGCAGAAGCCAGGUGCUUCUAGUGGCAACGAUAACAACGGCCAGGCUGCGAAUGGGCAGAAGACGGAGAAUGGACAGGACACGGAACAACCACCGCAGCUGAAGAAGCCGUGGGAUUAUGUGGAGGAGGUCAUGGCUGCGCUUAAGACGGCCUUCCCCCUUCUUGCACUAUCCAUGGAAACGAUGAGCGACGGCAUUGCCAAGCACUUCAAGUGUCCUCCCGACGAGGACGCGUACCGACUCAUCGUCGCUUUACUGAAUGAUGGUCUCAGCUACAUUGGACGUCAGCCCGCUCUGUACCAGGAAACCAAGCUCCCUAGCUCGACCGAAGCCAACAUCACGCGUUUCGCCGAGUCUGUUCUGCCGCCGCACAUCCGCAGAUCUUUCGAGGCCGACUUCGUGGCGAAGAAGCCUACGAUGUACGAGUACAUCCAGAAACUGCGCAAGUGGAGAAACCGCUUCGAGGAGAGGUUGGAUCGCCGCAGGCUGACACACCACCUCGAGUCGUACACUACUCACCUGAGCGAUUUCAAGUAUCAGAAGUUCGAUGAGAUUGAAGUACCCGGGCAGUACCUGCUGCACCGCGACAAGAAUCAGGAUUUCGUCCGCAUCGAGAGGUUCUUGCCCGACAUUGACCUGGUCAGGACCGUGGGCUUAUGCCAUCGCCGUCUCAAGAUUCGUGGCCACGACGGCAGCACGCAUCCUUUCGCGAUUCAGCACCCAGCUGCACGGAACUGCAGGCGUGAGGAGCGCAUCUUGCAGCUGUUCCGCAUCUUCAACACCACGCUGUCCAAACGCAAGGAGAGCAGGCGCCGUAAUCUGCAGUUCACGCUUCCGUUGAUGGUGCCGCUCUCGCCCGGGGUGAGAAUGGUGCAAGAUGACUCGUCGUACAUCAGUUUGCAGGGCAUUUACGAGGACUACUGCCGCCGCAACGGCAUCAACAAGGAUGAUCCGAUACUGUUCGCGAUCGAGAAGCUCCGCAGCCUCGGGCCGCAACUGUUGUCGGCGCAGCCACCACAGGGACAUCCUAACGCAGAUGUCGUCCGCCAGCGCAACAUCGAGCAAAGCACGGCCAUCCGACUCGAGGUCUUCGCGGCCAUCCAAGAAAAGUACGUGCCGCCAACGGCUGUGCUCGAGUACUUCAAUGCCAUCUACCCGUCGUUUGCCGACUUGUGGCUGUUCCGCCGGCAGUUUUCGUACCAGCUGGCGGCGCUGACGUUCAUCACGUACAUCAUGCAUAUGAACACGCGCUACCCGCACAAGAUGAACAUUUCGCGGCGCACGGGCAACAUCUGGGGCUCGGAGUUGGUGCCGUCGAUGGCGGGCGGCAAGCCCUUGUUCCACAACCCGGAGCCGGUGCCGUUCCGGCUGACGCCGAACCUGCAGACGAUGAUGGGGCCGCUCGCGACCGAGGGCGUCUUCGCGCCGGCGCUGAUGGCCAUCGCGCGCUGCGUGGUGGAGCCCGACGGCGAGCUGGAGAUGCAGCUGAGCAUCUUCGUGCGCGACGAGAUGGUGCACUGGCACACGCAGCAGCACCGGCAGCACGUGCAGGACGGGCAGCUGCGCGAAAGCGUCGAGCACAACUCGGGCCAGAUCGUCAAGAGGGCCAAGAGCCUGGCCGAGGUGCCCAGCAGCAACAACUUGCCGGCGAACCAGACGGUCGUGGAUCUCGUCAGCGUUGCGGUCAAUCCUAGCAAGCUGUGCAUGACGGAUCCGCUUUGGAUGCCGUAUUUGUAG